UGACAAUUAAGCAGUCCUAUUAGGGUUGUGCUCCACGUCCCAUAUACUUACGGGGCUAAGAUGCCUUCAAAUCAAAGCAGUUCACGUAGAACCCUGCCACCACCAAUCGAUCAUUUUCCCCAUCUCAAUUCCCUCAGCGGCAGUCGUGAGAUGGGGCCAAGCGAACCACCAGAGCGGCAUAACGACUCAAGCCUCAACGCGACCGCCAACAAUGCCAUAGACGUUGAAGUACCCUUCUCCUGGAAAGAAUCUAGUUUAUGGAAUGUAGAGAAUCCAUGCAUGCAUCCUCAAUACCAGUUCGCCCCUCGUAUGGCCACCACCGCGCACAGCAGUAGCGUUGAUGGCCAUCGCAGCGUCAUUGAUGACCUAACGCUGGAGAUUCAGCAGCUUAGGAAGGAACUCAAGCGCCAUAAGCAAUCGGGUCCGGCCACGCUCCAGAAAGACAAGCUGUUUGAGAUCAAGGUUCAUGGGCUCCCCCAAAUGAAAAAGAGAGAGCUUGAAGCCAUACUGAGAGACUUUGCCUCUGAUCUCGACGGGUCUCCAGAGGUGUCAUCAUCGCAAAAGAGGAAAAAGAUAUCCCCCAACAACCACGAUCACAUAUGCUCCAAAUCUAGAAUUCAGCGCAAACAUGCUCCUUCAUCUCUAGGCUCUAGGCUCCAGCCAGCUGACUCCGCUUAUGCCUCCCUGUCGGCUGGUGUUGAGUCUCCAAGCAUACCUUUUAACCUCCCAAUCUUGACUUCAACUCAAUCAUCAAAAGGCAAAGCCGAGGAUCAUCUACGAGAUGUUCCCGACGGCCUGUACCCACAACACGUAAUCAUGACAGACAAGGAGCGGAAGAGUCUCGUUGUUCGUCGUCUCGAACAGCUUUUCACAGGCAGAAGUAACGGUGCCAAUUUCUCGAAGAUGUCACCUAUGCGACCGGGUGGCAGCUUCAUCAUGGCGCGCGCUGUGGCAGAUGCACAGGUGGCGGACCCCUCAUCCACCCAUGAACCACUCACUUAUGGAAAUGAGCCUAUCCGGGAAGCCAGAAUCCUCCCUCUACAACAACGAUCUCGCACUUGGAGAAACAACUAUCAUUCAAGUGGCUAUAAGUCGGCCUUUGAUCCUAAUAAGGACAACAUGGAGACUGAGUGCGAUGAUAGUGGCUUGGCCUCUGCUGGCGAGCCGUCCUCCCCAGCCCUGUCUCUGUCAAAACAGCGACCCACGCGGACGUGUGAUCUGGAUCCCGAUCGUGCUCAGAUUCCGUCUGAGAAUCUGAACUACAUCCGACAUUUGGACCUACUGCCGCCCGAGUUAUUGUCUAGACAGCAGAGUAGUCAGGACACCCACCUAGAGGCUACAGGCUGGGUGUCCUUGAACCUGCUUUAUAACUUGGCCCAACUCCACUUGAUCAAUGUAACACCAGACUUCAUUCGCUCCGCCAUAUCUGAAAUAAGCAGCAGAUUUCAGCUAUCCCCUGAUGGGCAUAGAAUUCGAUGGCGAGGCGGAUCCAAGGAUACCAAAUUCAGUAGCUACAGCUCUGUCUUCGACACGUCAGAAACUCCUUCUGUCGGCAAUGUUGAUUGUUCGGAAAAGAAACGCGAGUGCCAGAAAACUAGCCGUUUCUCUAGCAAUGAAUCCCAAUUCGGCGGCUUAAGUAAGAGUAUGCCUGCAUUUGAUCCGCAGCUUUGCGCUCGGGUUGAAAGUUUCCGCUACAAGCCACUAUUUGCUCAGCAGAGUUCGCCAGAUGGGCAAACUUCAUGCGAUGCGUCAGUUUGCUCUUCUAUUGUUGUGGAUGACAAAAAUCCUGUCGAGUCGGCCUUGGGCUUGAAUUACUCCGGAGGAUCAGCUAGUAGAUCGCAACGCCACGAAGGUGCUAUCACAUACUAUAGCAGUGCACCUUUCUGCACUGAUUUGUCGGGCGAUCCUGUUGCUCUAUCACCAACUACUCGCACGCCCUCAAGCGCCCAAAUUAGAAAGGAUUCUGAGCAACCAUCAGACUUUGGCCCGUCUCCUCGACGAACAACAUCCAUGUCCUUCAUCAAUUACGAACCGUUGAAGGAUCGAUGCCAAAACCUGCGUCAGCAGACUUCAGCCAUGGGCAGGAAUAAUAAUGAAGUUCAGGGUCUGAUGAACGAUGACAGGGAACAGAGAAGCGAUAUCGAGCUGGAUUUGAUUUGGAACAACGGCCAGCAGUACAUAAGGCAGCAAGCCUUAGAACCCUGCGGACUUGGUGGCGUUCGCCCCGAUGAUCACUUUACGGUAGUUGUCGAUACGAAGCGGCCUAAGCAAGAUAUUCCCCCAUGGCCUUCCGAGCCUCACGCUAGGAGGUCCAAUAAAAGCACAGAAAGGACCAUCCAUCACUGGGCGGCGACAGUAACAUCUGGCUCCGUUGUCAGUGGUUCAGAAAUAAAAGCAGUCGAAGAAUCACGGCCUAUCGAGAUUGAGUAUCUGUCAUGGCGCAUGGAGAGACUGUUACCGGCUCCACUACCGUCCCCUGCCAGUUUCUUUCCCCCGUUUAGCAACGAUAAUUCCACAUCCGGCGAAGAUGACGAUCCAUUUAUAGAUGCAUAUAACGCUGGGUCGUCAGAGGAGAAUAUGGGCUGA